AUGAAACUAAACGAAAGUGAUAUACAAGGACAGUUAGAUCGUCGUAAACCAGGGCAAUCGAAAUUGACAACACCGCGGAAAGAACAAGAUUUAGUUAAAAUAUUAUCUGGCACAGAGGCAAAUUUAACGCUGGGGACGCCAAUUUGCCUCGUCGUUCAGAAUCAGGACUUUAAACCAGCAGAUUACGCUAAUAUGCUCGAUAUACCACGUCCGUCACAUGCUGACUAUACUUAUCAGAAGAAAUAUGGCAUUCGUUCAUCGUCCGGCGGAGGAAGAUCAAGUGCAAGAGAAACCAUCGGACGAGUUGCAGCUGGAGCUGUGGCUGAAAAAUGGUUAUAUGAGAAGUAUGGAAUAGAAAUUAUUGCUUAUGUAAGUGGCAUCGGACAAAUUCAAAUACCAACGGAAACGGAAGCAUUACUCAAACAGUCGAUGCUAAAAAGAUCAGACGUCGAUCAAAAUCUAGUACGUUGUCCCGAUGAGAAAACAGCAGAAUUAAUGGUUCAUGAAAUAGAAGCAGCCUUAAAUGACCAAGAUUCCGUUGGUGGUAUCAUAACAUGUGUUUGUCGGAACAUUCCUGCUGGUAUUGGUGAGCCAGUAUUUGAUAAAUUAGAAGCCAUGCUAGCACAUGCUAUGCUCUCUAUACCAGCCACCAAAGGCUUUGAAAUUGGUAGUGGAUUUGAUGGAACAAAGGUGAAAGGCUCACAACAUAAUGAUAUGUUCACAAGUAAAACAUCCUCUUCCGAUAAGAAAUUAGGAACUAAAACGAACAAUAGUGGUGGUAUUCAAGGUGGCAUCAGUAACGGCGAACCCGUGAUAUUUCGUGUGGCCUUUAAACCACCAGCCACCAUUGGUAAAACGCAAGAGACUUGUACAUUUGAUGGUGAAGAAUGUUUAUUGAACGCCAAAGGACGACAUGAUCCGUGUGUUGUUCCAAGAGCAGUACCCAUCGUAGAGGCAAUGGCAGCGUUGGUUUUAGUUGACCAAAUACUUAUACAACAAUCAAGAGUUAACAGCUAA